GCGCUGGGAGGAUUCAGCUCCAGGUCCAGUGUGGGGGGUGUCCGAGCGGCUGGGGCGCGAGAGGAGUGGCCGGAACUGCUUGAAUAUCCACAUUUCACUUUUCGUGCUUAUCAAAAGUUUUAAUUCAUCAUGGAUAAUCUGUCAUCAGAAGAAAUUCAACUGAGAGCCCACCAGGUUACUGAUGAGUCUCUGGAAAGUACAAGGAGAAUCCUGGGUUUAGCCCUUGAGUCUCAGGAUGCAGGAAUCAAGACUAUCACUAUGCUGGAUGAACAAGGGGAACAACUAAACCGCAUAGAGGAAGGCAUGGACCAAAUAAAUAAAGACAUGAGAGAGGCUGAGAAGACUUUAACGGAACUCAACAAGUGCUGUGGCCUCUGCGUCUGCCCAUGUAAUAGGACAAAGAACUUUGAGUCUGGUAAGGCCUACAAGGCAACAUGGGGAGAUGGUGGAGACAACUCUCCCAGCAAUGUAGUAUCUAAGCAGCCAGGCCGAGUGACAAACGGUCAGCCUCAACAAACAACCACUGGAGCAGCUAGCGGUGGAUACAUUAAACGUAUAACUAAUGAUGCCAGAGAAGAUGAGAUGGAAGAGAACCUGACUCAAGUGGGCAGUAUCCUAGGAAACCUAAAGAACAUGGCCCUGGACAUGGGCAAUGAGAUCGAGGCUCAAAACCGACAAAUAGACAGGAUCACAGAAAAGGCUGACACCAACAAAGAUCGUAUUGAUGUUGCCAAUGCCAGAGCAAAGAAACUCAUUGACAGCUAACACUGCUGCUGUACUUCUUUAUCGUGUAUUCACUUCUCUAGCUCCUCCUUCAAAGUUAUUACCUUUUCAGAGUUUAACAUUUUGGUUCCAUGCUCUUCUCAAUCAGGAGAUAAUGUGCAAGAAGGGCCAGGAGUACAGACCCCCUAUUCUUUUAUGAUCUCUUUCCCUUGAGGGUAUACUACUGCUCAGACUUCCUUCUAGUAUUUUUUGUCCCUUGGUUCAUAGUCUUAGAUUGGUUUUUAUACAUGAUAUAAAGUAUCACUUUUCAUCCUCCUCAUUUACUUUAGCAGGUUCUUUUGCUUUCAAGAUUUGGAAGCAUUGCCAAAGACAGCCAUGAAGAAGGAAGCUAGAGGCAGGGGGAGCGAGCACAAGGAGGAGAGGCAAGAGAUAAGAGGUUGUUACCUCAGUAAAACCUGCAGGCCACAAAGCAAAAGUUGCAUAGCCACAGUAAAGAUCUAGUUGGGUUUAAUUUUUCAAUUUAAGUUGGAGUUAUUGCCAGUUUAGGCUACUACUUGGUUUCGGAGCUUUUAUACACAAUAUUUUUGUUAUACGUCACAACUUGGCAACCUCUGCUCCAAAAAAAAUAGAAUGACUUUUUCAAAGUGGGCUUAGUUUCUGAACGUUUGGUGAUUUAUGUAUGUACAUAGACAGUGAUCCCAUUUCACACUGCACCAUACGGGAACACUUUG